AUGGGGUCUGACACCAGGCUCUGUGGGAUGGGGUCUGACCCCAGGCUCUGGGGGAGGGGUUGGUCACAAGGCUCCGGGGGAGGAUGUCUGACACCAGGCUCUGGGGAAGGGGGUCUGACACCAGACACUUGGGGAGGGGUUGAUCACCAGUGUCUGGGGGGAGGAUGUCUGACACCAGGCUCUGGGGGAGGGGUUGAUCACCAGGCUCUGGGGGAGGGGUUGAUCACAAGGCUCCGGGGGAGGAUGUCUGACACCAGAGGGGGUGAUGAACAGAUGAUUGGGAUCAUAGGGAGGGAGGUACUACUGAUCCGUUACACAGCUGCUGAAGCUCAGUCACACCUGUCAGGCUUCCUAGACCUCAGUCCACGUCCCCCUCCCCAGGUACCCUCCUCUAUGUCCCUUCCCCCUCCCCAGGUCCCCUCCUCUAUGUCCCGUCCCCCUCCCCAGGUACCCUCCUCUAUGUACCUUCCCCCUCCCCAGGUACCCCCCUCUAUGUCCCUUCCCCCUCCCCAGGUCCCCUCCUCUAUGUCCCGUCCCCCUCCCCAGGUACCCUCCUCUAUGUCCACGUCCCCCUCCCCAGGUACCCUCCUCUAUGUACCUUCCCCCUCCCCAGGUACCCCCCUCUAUGUCCACGUCCCCCUCCCCAGGUACCCUCCUCUAUGUCCACGUCCCCCUCCCCAGGUACCCUCCUCUAUGUCCUUUCCCCCUCCCCAGGUACCCUCCUCUAUGUACCUUCCCCCUCCCCAGGUACCCCCCUCUAUGUCCACGUCCCCCUCCCCCCGUACCCUCCUCUAUGUCCCUUCCCCCUCCCCAGGGACCCUCCUCUAUGUCCCCUCCCCCUCCCCGGGAACCCUCCUCUAUGUCCACGUCCCCCUUCCCAAUAACCCUCCUCCAUGUCCACGUCCCACUCCCCAGGCACCCUCCUCUAUGUCCCGUCCCCCUCCCCAGGUACCCUCCUCUAUGUCCCCUCCUCUCCCCAGGUACCCCCCUCUAUGUCCCUUCCCCCUCCCCAGGUACCCUCCUCUAUGUCCCGUCCCCCUCCCCAGGUACCCUCCUCUAUGUACCUUCCCCCUCCCCAGGUACCCCCCUCUAUGUCCACGUCCCCCUCCCCAGGUACCCUCCUCUAUGUACCUUCCCCCUCCCCAGGUACCCCCCUCUAUGUCCCUUCCCCCUCCCCAGGGACCCUCCUCUAUGUCCCCUCCCCCUCCCCAGGAACCCCCCUCUAUGUCCACGUCCCCCUCCCCCCGUACCCUCCUCUAUGUCCCUUCCCCCUCCCCCGGUACCCUCCUCUAUGUCCCCUCCCCCUCCCCAGGUCCCCUCCUCUAUGUCCCGUCCCCCUCCCCAGGUACCCUCCUCUAUGUCCACCUCCCCCUCCCCAGGUACCCUCCUCUAUGUACCUUCCCCCUCCCCAGGUACCCCCCUCUAUGUCCACGUCCCCCUCCCCCCGUACCCUCCUCUAUGUCCCUUCCCCCUCCCCAGGUACCCUCCUCUAUGUCCCCUCCCCCUCCCCGGGUACCCUCCUCUAUGUCCAUGUCCCCCUCCCCAAUAACCCUCCUCCAUGUCCACGUCCCACUCCCCAGGGAGUAUGCAGCUUGUGACUUCAGGAGUGCAUAA